AUGGCCAACUAUGGUGCUAACUCCACCCCGCACGUCGACCCGGACUACCCAACACUCCCUGUAUUCCUGAAGGUGUUCAACCAGCAUCGUUGCAAGGAUGAACUGCAGCUUCCGCCCGAAUUCGUCCGGACUCACGGCCAUGAACUACCGUUCGACUGCAGGCUCAUAUGGCCGAAUGGGAUUCGAUACAUGGUGCGCAUUCUGAAGCUGCCGAAUGGGUUCUUCUUCACCACCGGUUGGAAACAAUUUGUUCGUGCUACCAGCCUCGUCCAUGGUGAUCAUCUCAUCUUCACUUUGGUGGAUGUUGGAGUGUUCAAUGUAAAGAGGUUUGAUAUGCGAACGAACUGUCCCCCGGCUGGAGACGUGGAUGGUAAUGAAGACCAGGAAUCCGAAGCUAGCUACUCAGCGGCCAUCGAUACAUCCGACGACUACGUGCCAUCGGAGACUGAAUCUGAAUUAACAGGUGAUGACGACUAUGUGGACGAUAGCGGGGCUCUAAACAUCAAUGGCUUCCCAACGUUCGUCUACACCCUCACUGCGAGCAAUAUCAAUCGCAGCCUUAAGAUCCCAUAUUGUUUCUUGCAACGACAUAUUCCGAUGGGGGCAAUACAAGCGGGAGUGUAUCUGGUAAACGAUGGGAGGAUGUGGUUGUGUUCACUCAAACACAACUCCAGGAAGAUAAGGGUAAAGAACGACUGGGCUCGUUUCAAGCAAGAUAACAAUCUGGUGGAAGGGGUGCGUUGCCAUUUCCAGCUAGUUGACAGCUUUGUUGUCCUAUUCCAUGUUAGGAUUGAACGCCCAUAA